CGGGAAACACAUGUCGUUUGAAAACAUUGCAUGAAAUGAUCAUUUGGUCCACAAUUUGGUGGUCAUUAUUGGAUUACAGUUACAACUGAUCACUGGUGACAAUGGUGAAGCUCCUGGAGCUUUCAAAAUUCAGUUUAGACCGCUUUAUAGUCAACAAUCCGGCCCUUCCUGUCGACUUUAUUAGGAACGCCUACUAUAACGGCAUCGGAAGACACGUGUGUCAACUGCAGAGGAUUACAGUGAAGUUCUGUAAGAACAGUACGGAUGCGAAGGGUGUCCGACAGUUCAUUGAGACAGAUCUGGUGGACUGGAGCCGACACAACCCCGGAGUAGUCGUGUAUCUCAAGCCCCGAAGACACCGGACGCCAGUCAUUGUCACCGAAUACCUCAAUGGUAUGAGUCAUUGGAUGUCUAUCCGACGGUUCAGUAGCCUUGAGAUCCAGUGGUGGUUGGAGUUCCUGAAGGACCGGUCGGGCUAUGAGUUGUCGCAACUGAUGAGUCCCGUGAAUGUGAUCCUACCGUCAGUUCAGGGGCCGUGGCAUCCGUUCCUCAACCGCCCGACAGCUCUCAAUGUGAGCCAAUUCCCCAACAAAGACAGGGGAGACUACAUCCCCGAUAAGCCCACAGCCUCUCAACAACUCUUGCAAAUGGCUAAAGAGAUCAAUACUUCUCAAUAGAAAAGCAUUUUUAUUAUACAAUAGUUUUUACAUUAAUAUCAAUAUUAAGAUUAGGUUUCAUUACAAAAUUGAUUGAAUUGUCAUUAAAUUAAUGACUCAUUAAUGGAUGCAUUAUUAUU